AUGGAAUAUGCAAUUAUUUCGCACAACAUUGAUUUUGUUACAUUCUUGAUGAAUGAAUACAAUAUAAAGAUCGAAUUAGAAUAUUGCGGAGAAUAUAAAAAUCUUGAAUCAUUUUUAGUUUAUUUCGAUCGAACUAAUGAUAUUAACGAAUGUUUUGUUUAUUCAUCAGUGUUUGAUAUUCCAUCCCUUUGCGAAUAUUUCCUUUCGCUUGGUGCUGAUAUCAAUGCAAAAAAUCACAAUGCAAUAUAUCACAAUGGAGAAAGCGCUCUUCAUAAAGCAUCAUGGAAUAAUUGUAAAGAAGCAGCGAAAUUUCUUAUUUCGCGUGGUAUAAAUAUCAAUGAAAAGAAUGUUCAUAAGCAAACCGCCCUUCAUAUUUCAACAUUUAUCAACGAUAUAGAAGUAAUCAAACUUCUUAUUUCACAUGGUGCAAAUGUCAAUGAAAAGGAUGUUUUUGGGAUAACUGCUCUUCAUAAUGCAGCAUCAUGGGAAAAUAAAGGUAUCUGCGAACUUCUUAUUUCACAUGGGAUAAAUAUCAACGAAAAAGAUAAUAAUGGAAAAACCGCUCUUCAUUUUGCAGCAGCGAAUGUUAAUAAAGAUGUCUGCGAACUUCUUAUUUCACAUGGUGCAAAUAUCAAUGAAAAAGAUGAUUUCAGGCAAACCGCUCUUCAUAAUGCAGCAGAGAAUAAUUGUAUAGAAAUAGCAGAACUUCUUAUUUCACAUGGUGCAAAUAUCAAUGAAAAAGAUGCUGAUGGGAAAACUGCCCUUUAUCAAGCAGCAUCUAUGAAUCAUAAAGAAGUAGCCGAACUUCUUAUUUCACAUGGUGCAAAUAUCAAUGAAAAAGAUAACAACGGACAAACAGCUCUUCAUUAUACAGUUAGUAAAAGCAACAACAAAGAAAUAGCCGAAUUUCUUAUUUUACAUGGUGCAAAUAUUAAUGAAAAAGAUAAUUAUGGAAAAACUGCUCUUCAUUAUGUACCAUUUUUUCAAGACACAGAAACCGCCAAAUUUCUUAUUUCACAUGGUAUAAAUAUCAAUGAAAAAGAUAAUUAUGGAAAAACCACUCUUCAUUAUUCAGCAACACGUUCUUUUGGAAAAGAACUGUCCGAACUUCUUAUUUCACAUGGUGCCAAUAUCAAUGAAAAGGAUGAAAAUGAAAAAACUGCUCUUCAUUAUGCAACAAUAGAGAAUCAUAAAGAAAUCUGCGAACUUCUUAUUUCACAUGGUGCCAAUAUUAACGAAAAGGAUGAAAAUGGACAAACAGUUCUUCAUAAUGCAGCAAAGAAUAAUAGAAAAGAGAUAGCUAUCAACGAAAAAGAUAAUGAUGGAAGCAGAUUACAAUAG